GCUUUGCUUGUGAGUGAUUGGUUGAUUCCAGUACAAUGACCUCUUUGAGUCGAAUUCAGCCUAUGGCAAAUUGGAGUAGGCGGAGCUUACGAUAUCUACUCAGUUAUUACAAGCGAAUAUUUAUACAUGAAGCAUUCAUCGUUGUCACAUUUGCAAGCUAAGCAAGCAAAGAGUUUCCACCGAACCAGUCGAUCAAUAUUAUAACGAACACUAGCAGAAAAAACAUGAAAGCUAUUGCUCAACCCUGUGUAAGACCAGUGGAUAUUGGAAUGAAGAAGGAUUCCAUGAAAGUGAUGAGGAACAAGGUGGAUGAUUGUGCCGCGGAGAUGCAGGCGUGUUUCUCCAAACUGAAGGAAUUAGUACCCUCUGUCCCCCAGGACAGAAGGUUGUCCAAGACCCAAUUGUUGCAGCAUGUGAUUGAUUAUAUCUUGGACUUGGAGACAGCUCUCGACUUCAACCCAGCGGUGUUGACUGGACCUUUACCGAGUGUAAACAGAGCCCCUCUCUCGGAGAAACCCGAACCGAACACAAUUCAGACCAUCACUCAGAUGGUUGCCUCAAUGGAUGAGGAUGAGUCUUGCGAUUCCAAGUAAAAGAUUCCCCAGUCCCUUUGCGGAUGUGAACAUAUCGCUUGGGAACCCAAAUUUUCCUUGCGAUUCUCCACAUUGAUCGGAGCUUUUGAAAAGCACGAAGCCUCCAACUAUCAAGCGCUGGUCAACAUCAACCACGAAGAAUAUGUAAGCCACCCGGAGAACUGUGUCACGAAAAAGGAGGGGGGAAAAACUGGCGGAUACGGGUAUAGAACCGGGCACAACAGGCGUGGCUAUGUACUGUAGUGACAGUGAUCGGACCACUCUCGAUACUGGACGCUCCUUAUCAGUGUUGAAAAGUACUUUGGUGUAAUUUUACGUUCCGUUUUAUUUUGUCACUACUCUUCUGUAUAAUUCGUGGCGUUUGGACAUUACUGGCCAGCCAUCAGAGAGGUCCUGUACAUAAGUGGACAGAAGAUGAACUCGAAGACGACGAACAAGAACAUUUUUCUUGUGUUAAACAAAACUUUUUUUGUUAUAAAUCUCUAUAUGGACGAACAAAAUGAUGCCACCGACUCUGUAUUAUUUUAAAUUUUAUAUACGUGUAUAUUUUUCCUUGUUGUAUUUUUGAAAUUUUAUUAGAAUAUUUCAUAUUAAAAUCGUUUUUCUAAAAAAAGCAACCCACAAACAU